AUGGAAGGUUACCUGUAUCAAUUUAAACCAAAAAGUAGACAUGUGUAAUUCCCUCGUAUUAUUCUUUUAAUUCUAGCUAUUUUAGUUUUGUUAUAUUCAGCCAUAACUCAAAUUUCUCACGCCUUAUUAGACAAUAAUGGUAUGUUUAUGAAAAUACAGAAAUUAGGGAAUGGAAAGGUGCCCAUUAUUGAUCCACACGACUCUGAUUGGUAUAGAUUAAAACAGAUAUCUCGAAUAAUUUAAUAUACUACCUGCACAAUAGUUGUUAUUAUACAAGUAUUGAUUGGGUAUAAAAAGAAGAAAAGCUUCAAGAAAGGUCAAGCGAUCGAAAGUCUUAUUGAGAAUGAUAAUGUCUUGAUUACGUCAUUAGAACCCACAUAAAAAUUGACUUAAAAUUAGGUUGCAUCUAGUUAAGGAAAUUCUCAUAUGAUAAAUACUUUUGAAUCAAAAAAUACUCAGUAAAUAUAAGCAAUACAAAAAUUAAAUAACAACAAUAAUAAUAAUUCAUGA